CGUCGCUCAACAGCUUUCUCUACAAGCGCGACUACCGCGCUCUGCAAAAGAAGCAAGUGGACGUGAAGGGAAAACUGCAGCAACUCGUUGAUAAGUACAAAAAGGACGCAUCAUCAACAUCGAACAAGACAACGACCCAGAAAACGAACAAGAAGUCCGCGAAGCCGACGGGGGAGAGUGUUGUAGGUGCCGCACAGAGUGC